AGCUGGUGUGAGCUGCUAGCAGUGUGUUGAAUGGACAGAAUGGGGAGAGUUGUGUUGGUGACUGGUGCAAACAGUGGCGUAGGCCUGGCCCUGUGUGAGCGCCUCCUAAGUGAAGAUGCUCAGCUCCAGCUGUGUCUGGCCUGCAGGAAUGAGCAGAGGGCUGCUGCAGCCCGUCAGUCUUUGCUCAUCUCUCACCCUAAAGCUCAGGUUUCUCUCGUUCGGCUAGAUGUGGGCAGCACGCGCUCUGUCCUCAGUGCUGCCGAGGAGAUCCGACAGAGAUUCAGCAGGCUUGACUACCUCUACCUCAAUGCUGGGAUCAUGCCUAGUCCACAGGUGGAUUUCAGGGCUCUCUAUAAAGGCUUGUUUUCUGGUAAAGCAAUCCACAUGUUUUCUACGGGAGAAGGGUUACUGACGCAGAAAGACGACGUCACAUCUGAUGGUCUACAACAAGUGUUUGCUACCAACCUGUUCGGCCACUUCUUACUGGUUCGGGAAUUGGAGCCCCUGUUAUGCCAACCAGGCCACAGCUCUCGGGUGAUCUGGACCUCGUCUAGCAACGCACGGCGUUCUGCUUUCAGUCUGGAUGACCUGCAGCACAAGCAAGGCACGGAACCGUACAGCUCCUCUAAAUACGCAUCUGACCUGCUGAGCCUGGCCCUGAACCGGCAUUAUAACAGCCAGGGUCUGUUUUCAUCAGUGAUAUGUCCCGGAUUGGUGAUGACUAACCUCACAUACGGCAUCCUCCCCUCCUUCUUCUGGACCCUUAUCAUGCCAAUAAUGUGGCUGAUAAGAAUCUUCACCAAUACCUUCACCCUCACACCUUAUAACGGGGCCGAGGCUUUGUUUUGGCUGUUCAAGCAGAAACCGGAGACACUGGAUCCGAUGGUCAAAUACCACAGUUUAACCUCCGGACUGGGAAACAAUUACAUACAGUCCCGCAAGAUGGAUAUUGAUGACACUACCUCAGCAGCACUUUACAAGAAACUUCUAGAAAUGGAGAAAACCUUGAGAAAGAAACUGAAAGAUGAAGAUGGAGCAUAACCCAAAUAAUUAAAUAAAUCCAUUACAAAGUUUUUAAACUUUACAUUUAAAUAGCUCUGCUAUUCUAUCUAUACAGUAUAUCUAUAUAUUCCUAAGACACUGAUGUAUGGAUUAUGACAAAACACCUACGUGCCUUAUGUGCUUUCAUUUUAUCCAGACAUUUCACUUCAACUUUCCAACAAUAAAAAAAA